CCGAGAUGGCGUUUCUUCAAGGAAUGACCUCGGCCAGUAUAACCUUCCACGUCACCAGAGCCUGCGGUAGCGGAGAGGUGGUAGAGUGUGGAUGCGCCCAAAGUAAAGGGCGUAAACACAGUAAGAAUAGCGGCAUAGAGGACUGGGCAUGGGGUGGCUGCUCGGAUAAUAUCCGCUACGGUAUGUACUUCACAAGAGAUUUCAUCGAUACGACGGACAACGGUGCAAGCGAUAAUUCCGGCGCCAACCUGAUGAUGCAACAUAAUUACGAGUCGGGUCUGAGGACUAUCGACACCAACAUGCAAGUCAAAUGUAAAUGCCACGGCGUGUCUGGCUCCUGCACUUCAAAAGUCUGCUGGAACACAAUGCCCAAACUCAACGAGAUUGGAAAAAUUGUUUUUGAGCGCUACACGGAGUCUAAGUUCAUGGUGUACUCGAGGAAACGCCGCCGGCUACGUCCGAGCAAGGAUCAGCCCAAGAAGCCUUCUAACCUCGAGUUAGUCUACCUCCAGAGGGCCAUGGAUUACUGUGAACCAAACAAGAAACAUGGAUCUGUAGGGACCCAUGGUAGACUCUGCAAUAAGACCAGCCUAGAGGAAGACGGCUGUCCGUUACUCUGCUGCGGUAGGGGUUACCAGACUAUGGUGCGUACAUCUAAAGGAAACUGUAACUGCAGAUUUGAGUGGUGCUGCGAAGUAGUGUGUGAAACCUGCAAAAAGAGCGAAGAACUCCAUAUUUGUAACUGAUGAGCUCCUACUGACUGAAAUUGACAUGGAUUGAUACAGCACGUAUAUCCUCAACAGCUUUAUAAUGUAACUCUGUGACGACUGAUUGGAGAAAAUGGGAAUGAAGAGGUGGCGGAAAAAGAUAUCUUUGAGAUAUCAAUAAACAGAUACUUUCUACUGCAGUAAUUCAGCAUGCACUUUAUACAAGUGAUUGGAUGAUAAGGUUGGGGCUGCUAUUACAUUAUAACUCCCUAUGGGCACUCGGAUUGAAUGAUGCUGUGUUUGAGUGGAGAAAAAAAAAACCUCCAGUCAAAUCAAGAAUUUCCCUUUUGCAGUGUGGAAGUUAGUCUCCAAUUUUAAUUCAAUUUUAGGUGUUAAGGCCUAAGACUCCAUAAUAUGUAAAACGUGACAACAACUGCUGGAAACUAAUGCAAGAUGAGUGAGACUUUCUUAAAAAGUGGUCUAAAAUAAACAUAAUUAUGUGCCUUCUAAUCAAGUUUCAUCAACUUUGAACACAAAAAAACAAGGUAAUAGGAAAUCUAUUUUUAUGAGACUUUUGAUAGAGUGUUUAUGAGAGAAAUAGAUGCAAAGAGAAGGCAUUGCAUUUCACCCCAACGUAGGGCUGAAAUAUUUCUGAAUAUAUAUUAAUUUGUAUUAAUGUUGUCUGAUUUGGAGGUGACUUGCAGCUUUGUUGUCUUUACCAAUUCAAAGCUUAAUAGAAGUAACCAAUCACAAGUCAUUACCACCAGUGACUCAUCAGCAUGUGACUGUCCUGAUCCAAUCAAAAUAUAGCAAAGUGUCAAUGCUACAAUCAUGCGUUGGGGGAUCACAUUUCAAGACAGCCCUUUACGCACAUUCAUGCUCCAGCUACAAAAUGUGCAUCGCGUAAAAUACUCCCCAUAUGUAGUGUCUGUGAAGGGGUUGCCUAAGGGGCGUGGCUACAUCCCAUGGCAGGGAGGUUGCAAUGGGUCAUUAACCGAGAACAUUACUAAACAAUGAUGACGAAGAUCAGUUUUCUCCCCUGGUGUGUUUUCUGCUGACUCAGUGAAUAUAAUAAACUUUAAACCUCCCUGUAUACCAUCCUAUAGACAGUGGCGUUGUCUUGCGUAGUCCUAGGUGAAUAAAACAACAGACUGAAACAUCGAAAAGUUGUUCAACCAUUUUUCCUGUCAUUUUUAAGCUGUCAUUCUUAAAAAGGUUACCGGUACUGUGAAACAAACGCAACAGCAUUUUUGUUGUAGAGGAUUUUCGUUAGUGAGAGUUAAGUUCAUCAGGGUACAGUAGCAGAAUAACUUUUAUGAUAUUUACUUUUUUUGUUUGGUAUAUUUGAGGGUUGUAUGGUAUCAAAUGUUUUUUUGUUUUACUUCUGAAAAUAUUAUGUUUUAUAUAGGACUUUAUAGCCUUUUGAAAAAAAUUGUUAGAUUAAAUAUCAAGACUUUAUAAAAGUAACUUGGCACAGUAUUUACACCAAAAUGGAUUGAAGAUAUUUUGGUUGGGAAUAUUUUAGCAAACGAUGGUCUGUACCUUAAAAUAUAGUCUUGGUCAUUUUUAUACUUUGAUGUUUUUUUAAGGAAACUUUAAUAAAUCUUGGGAAGGACAAUUUCUUACAGAAUGAUCAGUAACAGUUAUAGCUUCCCCUCCCCAAAUACUCUUGACUUAUAAAAGGAUUCUGCUUGAUGAAAUAAUGAAUUUAUUAUGGAAUUUGCAAGAAGUCAUUAUGGUAUAAUUAUUCAACUGUAAUACAGAGUUCGUCUCAAAGACUACAGGCCUAUUAAAGCCUUAGAGAAUAUCCCUGUGUACAGUGCUUUAUACACAUCCAGUGUAAGUGUACAAAUAAAUUAUAUUCUUUAUCCCCCGAUGCAAAACUAACAUCUAUUAAAUCAUUACGGUACCCGCUGCUAUAUAACACGGAAGGAUUUGAACUCCCUCCAGCCAUCGAGCAAGCUCAGUGGUCCGGUGGGUAAGACAGGCAAAACUAACAUCUAGUAAACUCCGAGAGGGUUGAAACUGUAGUAUAUUUAAAGCUAAAUUGGCUUAUAAAAACCACAGGUCAAUUUGUUUGGUCAGUUUGUAACAACUUUGCAAAAGUUUGCAAAAAAGUUUUUUUUUUUUUUUUUAAAGAAAUGUUCAGCCUAAUUUUAACAACCUCUUGGAAGCCCUUUUGGCCUUCAGCCCUUUAAAAAAAAAAAAAAGAUAAUCCCUUCCUGUAAGAUUAUCCCUCCCUUUAAGAUAAUCUCUUCCGAGAUACAUCUCUUCUUCGAGGAUAAUCUUCAUGUGGUGUGGAAUACAGACUACUGACCAAGUUGAUCUAGAAGGAAUUUAGUUGAGAACUUGCAUUACUAACAGUUAACAGAAUGUUCAGCCCAAUUGAAAAAUCUUUAAUCCAAUUGAAAAUAUCAAGACCAAUUGAAAAUCUCCAGUCUAAUAGAAAAUCUCUGGUCCAACUGAAAAUCUCAAGGCCAAUUAAAGAUUCUCACUCCAACUAAAAAUGUCCAGUGAUUUUUUUUUUAAAUAAAACUUUGAGUUAAUGGUAGCCUAUAUGGUGAUCUGUAUUUGUUUUUUACAUUCUUUAAAAUGUGACUUGCUAGAAAUGUGUUUUGGCAUAUGUUUUAAUAUGGGCACUCCUUGAUGAAAAUUAUUAUACGGUUGUUUGUUCUUGUCGAACAAAUUGCUUUCUUUCAAAGUUGAACGAACCUUUUGGUGGUUUUAAGAUUAACUCAUUUUCGUUAUCCCACUAACUGGUUCUGAUAGUAAACAUUCAUUCCCCGAUAGUUUAACCCUAUUUCAAUACUGUAUUCAACCAUAGGCGUCUCUCACAUACUUGUAUAUAGGUAUAAAAAAUAUGUAUUUUAUUUUAUGAUUGGUAUUCAUUAUACAAAUUAAAUUGUUAAAAAUAUUGUAAAUAUAAUGAAUAUUUGUCAAGCAUGUAUAAAAAAUGGGUUGCUGUAGAGAUGCAUGGAUUCUGAUUUCAGAAAUUGCGUUUGUGGUCCCUUGACAUUUCAGAAUAAAUUUGUAAAUUGUAAAGUCAUUUGUAAAACCACACUGAUAUUAAUUAUGCUAAUCUCAUGCAAAUGAGCUCAUGAAUAGUAAUUUAUACUUGCAUGUGAUAAGCUACAUAGCUGCUGAUUGGUCGACAAUAUAAAAGCUGAAUGUUGAUUUUGAAAUGGGUGUUUUCAGAACUUCUGCUGGUGCAUGAAAAAAAAAAGUAAUGCUCAUGCCUAGUAUCCUCAAAGAAAAUCAACACCUUUUCUCUGCUUAAAUAAGCAAUCCACUGGAUUUCCUCUCAAAACUGACUUUGCGCAAUUUGAAACAUUAAAACGACAAGGGAUAAUUGGGGAUAUUUAUUUAGAGCAUUUUUGUAAUGCACUCAAUUUUAAGUAAAUCAAUCCUUAAUCCAUACCUUAUCUCAUUUGAUCCACAUGCAGUUGUUGAUCCAUCAGGCUUAACAUAUUAACGAUCCACUUGAAAAUUGUUGAUCAGCUAAUCAGCUAAAAGAUA